CCCAGUACGCAUGCGCGUCCCAGUAAUCUGACGACUCCGGUGUGCGUUAGUGAGUGUGGAUUCCAUCGAGUGGGCCAAGGCUGGCAGAAACAGCUCGACCACAACACCAGCAGCAGCAACACCAACACCCACUGUGGACUUUUUCCCGCUGGACCGCGCUCGCCUUUAACAGAGGACCGUCUCGCAAGGAGGACACAUUUGUCCCGGCGUGUAGCUGGCGGCAGCGUGGGCGACACGAGAGUGGGGGGCGACCGAGCAGCAGAUUGUGUGCGGGAUGCCAUGAAGACCACUACAGCCCACUGAGGAACAUCGCGGACACGGCGGUGGUGGUGGACGAUGAAGACGAUGACGGCGAUGGACACGAGCGAGGAGAUCCAUGCAAGGUAGCGUCCGAGAAGACAGCUGAGCGGUUUCAGUGGAGGAUGGAUCUCAGCCGGCUCCGGAACAUCAUCAGCAGAUAUUGCGCAGGGGAAGAGAACUGGGUCGACAGUCGGACGGUGUACAUUGGCCAUAAAGAACCCCCUCCGGGAGCUGAGGCCUACAUCCCUCAGCGUUACCCUGACAACCGCAUCGUCUCCUCAAAGUAUACUUCCUGGAACUUCAUCCCCAAGAACUUGUUUGAACAGUUCCGAAGAAUUGCCAACUUUUACUUUUUGGUCAUAUUUCUGGUCCAGCUCAUCAUCGACACCCCGACAAGCCCCGUCACCAGUGGCCUGCCCCUCUUCUUUGUUAUCACCGUCACUGCCAUCAAACAGGGCUACGAGGACUGGUUGCGUCACAGAGCCGACUGCUCCAUAAACGAGUGUCCCGUGGACGUGGUGCAGCGGGGGAAGGUGGCGAGGACGCAGAGUCAAGAGUUGAGGGUGGGCGACAUCGUGGUGGUAAGGGAGAAUGAGACGUUUCCAUGCGACCUCAUCCUGCUCUCCUCCAGCCGACAGGAUGGCACCUGCUACGUCACCACCACCAGUCUGGAUGGAGAGUCCAGUCACAAGACCUAUUACGCCAUACCAGAUACCAUGGCCUUUAGGACCGAGCGGGAGGUAGAUUCCUUACAUGCCACCAUUGAAUGUGAACAACCACAGCCUGACCUCUACAAAUUUGUGGGACGCAUGCAUAUUUAUAAGGACAAAGAUGAACCUGUCGCGAGAACCCUCGGGGCUGAGAACCUGCUACUCCGAGGAGCCACACUGAAGAAUACGCAGCAUAUUUAUGCUGUUGCAAUCUACACCGGCAUGGAGACCAAAAUGGCACUCAAUUACCAGUCUAAAUCACAGAAGCGCUCGGCUGUGGAAAAGUCCAUGAAUGCCUUUCUGAUUGUUUACCUGUGCAUCUUGAUCAGUAAAGCCGUCAUCAACACUGUUCUUAAGUACGCCUGGCAGUGGUCUCCGGACAGGGACGAGCCGUGGUACAACCACAGGACAGAGAAUGAGAGGCAAAGACACGUGGUGAUCCGAGCUUUCACAGACUUCCUGGCCUUCACCGUCUUGUUCAAUUACAUAAUUCCCGUGUCCAUGUACGUCACGGUGGAGAUGCAGAAAUUCCUGGGCUCCUACUUCAUCACCUGGGACGAGGAGAUGUUUGAUGAGGAGCUGGGGGAAGGCGCUCAGGUCAACACCUCUGACUUGAACGAGGAGCUGGGCCAGGUGGAGUAUGUUUUUACUGAUAAGACGGGGACUCUGACAGAAAACAACAUGGAGUUUAUCGAAUGCUGCGUAGAUGGGAAUGUCUACAUCCCGCACGCCAUCUGCAACGGUCAAAUCCUUAGCGCUGCCUCCAGCAUUGACAUGAUAGAUUCCUCACCUGGAGGAUACCGCAGGGAGCACGAGGACCUGUUCUUCCGGGCCCUGUGUCUGUGUCACACGGUGCAAGUGAAGGAGGAGGAGACGGUGGACGGCAUCAAGAAGGGCAUCCACCAGGGCCGACCCACAUCCUUUUACAUUUCUUCCUCGCCAGAUGAAGUUGCGUUGGUGGAGGGAAUGAAAAGACUGGGCUACACAUACCUGAGGCUGAAGGACAACUACAUGGAGAUCCUGAACAAAGACGAUGAAAUUGAAAGGUUUGAGCUGCUUCAUGUGCUCAACUUUGACUCUGUAAGGAGGAGAAUGAGCGUCAUUGUCAGAGCAAGCUCAGGAGAAUACCUGCUCUUCUGCAAGGGGGCUGACUCGGCCAUUUUUCCCUUGGUUGUGUCUGGGAAGUUGGAGCAGGUGAAGGCCCGGGUGGAGCAGAAUGCUGUGGAAGGCCUGCGGACCCUGUGCGUGGCCUUCAAGAGGCUGUCGGAGGUGGAGUACCGGGAGGCGUGUCGGCACUUGACGGAAGCCAAGCUGGCCCUGCAGGACAGGGAGCAGAGGCUGGCUGAAGCCUACGACGUCAUCGAGAGAGACUUUGUACUUCUGGGUGCCACGGCUGUGGAGGACAGGCUCCAGGAGAAGGCGGCCGAUACCAUCGAGUCGCUGCACAAGGCUGGAAUAAAAGUGUGGGUCCUAACGGGGGACAAGAUGGAGACGGCGGCGGCCACCUGCUAUGCCAGCAAGCUCUUUCGCCGCAGCACUCAGAUCCUGGAGCUAACCAAGAAGCGCACAGAAGAGCAGAGCCUCCAUGAUGUUCUCUUUGAGCUGAAUAGGACUGUUCUCAGGCAAAGAUCCAUUUCUGGGUUGUCUGUCGACUGCCUCGACUUUGGUCUGAUCAUCGACGGAGCCACGCUGUCGGCAGUCCUCAAGCCCAAGCAGGAAGUCGCAGGCCACGGCAACUACCGAGAGAUCUUCCUGGAGAUCUGUCGCAACUGUAGCGCCGUGCUCUGUUGUCGCAUGGCGCCUCUGCAGAAGGCACAGAUCGUCAAGCUGAUCAAGGCCUCCAAGGAGCACCCCAUAACUCUCGCUGUCGGCGACGGAGCCAAUGAUGUUAGCAUGAUUUUAGAAGCACAUGUGGGCAUUGGCAUUAUGGGUAAGGAAGGUCGCCAGGCAGCGAGGAAUAGUGAUUACGCCAUCCCAAAGUUCAAACAUCUGAAGAAAAUGCUGCUGGUUCACGGUCAUUACUACUACAUACGCAUCGCUGAGCUGGUUCAGUACUUCUUCUACAAGAAUGUAUGUUUCAUCUUCCCCCAGUUCCUGUAUCAGUUCUUCUGCGGCUUCUCCCAGCAGCCUCUGUACGAUACGGCGUACUUGACCCUGUACAACAUCAGCUUCACGUCACUGCCCAUCCUCCUCUACAGCCUGGUGGAGCAGCACGUCACCGUGGAGACGCUCAAACGGGAACCCUCCUUGUACAGGGAUAUUGCCAAGAACUCGCUCCUCCGAUGGCCAGUCUUCCUGUACUGGACAUGCUUGGGCGUGUUUGAUGCCGUCAUCUUCUUUUUUGGUGCCUACUUCCUGUUUGACAACACCACUUUCACCAGCAAUGGCCAGAUGUUUGGCAACUGGACCUUCGGGACUCUGGUCUUCACUGUGCUGGUGUUCACCGUUACCCUCAAGCUUGCCUUGGACACGCGCCACUGGACCUGGAUCAAUCACUUUGUCAUCUGGGGCUCACUACUUUUCUACGUGAUUUUCUCUCUCCUCUGGGGAGGCAUCAUUUGGCCCUUCCUCAACUACCAGAGGAUGUAUUAUGUCUUCAUGCAAAUGCUGUCCAGCGGACCCGCCUGGCUCAGCAUCAUCCUGCUCAUUACGGUCAGCCUGCUACCUGAUGUCAUCAAGAAGGUCCUCUGCAGGGUCAUGUGCCCAACAGCCGCUGAGCGUGCUCAGGAUCACGACUUGUUGGCGCGGGACGUAGCGGCUGCCCAGCUGGCCCCUGGCCGAUCCUACAAAGGCGCGAGCACGGCCCACUCCUCUCCGCUCCAGUUCGCCGACGUGGAGACGCUGUCGCUCCGCAGAUCCGACCCCCUUCCCCGAAAACUUUUAGCUCAUUUGGCGGAAGGAGGUAGAGCGGAAUUGCGCUCGUGCAUGCUCCGUCUCUCCGGGGCGGGGAUCGCAUACUACGCUCCGGGACCAGAAACGUCCGUGUAAAAACUGGCGUGGAGCGAUGCAUCUCGGGAGUCUGCGGGCUUCUCAAGGGUGAGGAUUUAUACGAUAAAAAGUUCACCACGUGCACUUCUGGGCAAGUGAGCACCCUUUUACGUAUUAAGGACCGUCAUCUUUCCUUUUCUUGACGUCUUCUCAUCAACACUGAGAAGAUACCUGUUUGUACAAUUUUUCUUCAAAUCUUGCCUGUUCCCUCUUGUUUAUGUACUUUUUUUUAAAGUGUUUGUUAUAAAAGAUAUAUAUCUAUAUAUGUAUAUACAUAUAUACAGUAUAUAUGUGGUCUGGCCAAGUUUGGGCAGCCACGAAGCUCAGCCCUUUAGGUGUGUGAGAGUGUGUGUGAAUGCGUGCCUGCGUGCAUGAAGAUGCCUGCACUGUAUGUUUUGUAUGUGACACACCUUUGCCUUACAUGUUAACCACACAGCAGCAGACUGGGAGCCAAAGGUGUACAAGUGGUGUUUUACAAAGCCUUACACAAACCGCCAACUCCAUCUUAUUACAAAAAAAGGGACAAAAUCCAAGAAAGGGUUGUGCAGAAGUCCUGCCUCCCUGCCUUAAUCCAUUCAUUCAUGCCUGCUGUCUGAUGUGGCGUGAGGACACUCAACGUCCAUUAGUCCAUCUCAACUGUCUCCUCUUAGCAUGUCUCUACUCUUUGCAUGGUGCUGUGUUCCUCGACCUCCUUGAUCCCUCACCUUUAUUUCAUUCAAUGCUACCUGCUCUUGGAACGAGUAUUAGGGCCAUACAGACAUAGGCUAAGAAAUAUAUUAACACUACUAGAGCAAAGUUAAAGAGUUUAUCAAUUAAUCAAUGUUUACUUAUAUAGUUCUUAACCACAAAUGUCUCAAAGGGCUGCACAAGCCACAACAGCAUCUCAGCUCACACAUCCUUUAAUUGUGCAAGAGGAAACAAAUACGUAGAAACGUCACAACUUUAACUGCGCAAGAGGAAACAAAUACGUAGAAACGUCACAACUUUAAUUGUGCAAGAGGAAACAAAUACGUAGAAACGUCACAAGUAAAACUUGAAAUAGAGACAUAAUCAUCAAAACCUCAGAAUUUUAUGAGGAAAAUGUUGUCUUGUUUGGAAAAUAAAUGUACUAAUAUCGCGUUAACAUUUUUGUAUAAAGUAUAAAGUCAUCAAAUUAUGGAAAAAAGUUUUAAUUCAAAUUAGGAGGUAAUAUUUUGUAUUAAUAUUGUAAUGGGAAUUAAGGAAAAAUUAGAGUAAAAUAUAUUUUUUUCUGAAUACGUUUGUGAUAACUGUAAAAUGUGUGGGGUUUUAAUUCUAGUCGAGAGACAAAACAUCUAAUUUAGCAAAUAUGAGAUUACAGUUCUAUAAUGACAAGAAGUGAUUUUUUUUUGUGAAAAAUAAUUGCGAGAAUAAUUUUGUGAUAUUAAAUUUGUAAUGAAUAUCACAAGACAAACCAUUAUUUUCACAAGAAUAAAGUCCAAGUGUUAAAGUAAAAUUUAUUUUCACAAAAAAGAUUUUGUUUAAUGAAUAUACAUGUGUCAUAAUUUAUUUUUGGUUAUAUCUCAAGAUGUUUUUUAUUUUAUUCUAUGAGGUCAAUAAUGUGAUGCUAAAAAAAAUUAAGACGCAAAAUUUCAUGAGCUAAUUUAAAAAAUUAUAUGCAACACUAUUUCUGUAACAUUAGGACUGUUUAGAUGUAACUUGCUAUACUCACAAUAUUACAUCUUUAAAAACUGCCACAUUUUAAUUUUUUUCUCGUCAGCUUUAGAAUAUCUUUUUUUGCAUGUGUACAACAUUUAUCUCGUAAUGCAUUUGUACAUUUCUCUGGUAAUGUUACAAAAGUUUUCUCUUUAGCUUCAGACUUUUUGCGUGAAACAAUGUUAUUUUUCAGUCAGCUUUUAAUAUUUUUCAUAAAACAUCACAACAUUUUACUCAAACUAUUUUCGUCAGAAGGUUACAAUUUUUUUCUUGUAAACUUGAGACUUUUUCUACAAAAUAUAUUUUUCUCACAAUGUUCCAAUUUUUUUCUUGUAGACUUUUUUUCCCACUUUAUAUUAAUUUUACUCACUUGAAACGAUGAUUUUCUUCGUAAGAUUUUUUUCCACGUAACAUUAAAACGUUUCUCUGUUAACAAUACAACUUUUUUCUCGUUAGCUUUUAGACUUUUUGUAUGUACAAUUACAACUUUUUUCUCGUAAACAACAGUCUUUUUCUGCGUAAUAUUACAAAAUGUUUCUCGUAAAAUACAAGAUGUUUCUCGUAACAGUAAAACUUUUUAUCGUAUGCAUUAGACUUUUUCCAUGUAUGCUCAAAACCCCCCCACAAAACUGUCCCAAUUUUUGGGGUUUAAGUCUUUAGACUUUUUUGUACGUAGCAUAACAUUUUUCUCGUAACAUUUCAACUUUUUUUGCCUAAGCUUUAGAUUUUUUCCAUGUAACAUAACAUUUUUUUCCUAAAAUGUCUACUUUUUUAUGCCUAAGCUUUAAUAUUUUUUUCUUGUCCAACUUUUUCUCGUAUGCUUUAAAGUUGUCCACGAAAAAGGACAAAGGGUCUCUAGUAAAAUUACUUCUUUUUUUUCUACAACUUUAGAACCUUUUUACUCAUAUUUGUUUGACUUUAUCCACAAUCAAAAACAUUUGGAGCGAUCCCAAUUUUCUUAUCGUCUGUUUUAGACUUUUUCCACCAAACAUACAUUUUUUUUGUAGCAUUUCAACUUUUCUGCCCAAGCUUUAGACUUUUUCCACAGCCAACUUUUCAAGUUUUUCCAUGAAACAUUACAACUUUUACAGCAUCUCGUAAGUUUUUAAUAUUUUUCCAUUGUGGCCCUAAUACUCUUUUGUAGCGGGUAAGUUACACUGGCUCCAGUCUUUUACGUACAGGUGAUUUUGUCAAUGUUAUGCAAAAGUAACGCCAAUCGCGUGUUCUUGCUCUUCCCCCCAUCUUGAUGUCACUACCGAUGGAUGGAUGUAACUUUACGGUUGAAGGGGCGUAUUGUACUUUGCAGAAAGACUUGAAUAGGCGACGUCACAAUCAAUCAAUCAAUCAAUAGAAUGUCAAACACGUAUCCGCCAUGUCCUCCAGCUGACGAUUGUAGCUGAUGUAAGGAUCUCUUUUCUUCUAUACAGUUUAUUUUCAUACGCAUCACCACCAUCUGUCAACGGGUAUAUAUUUCAUACAAAAAUUAUUAUUUUUCUGUACAAAUUAGACACAAGCUUGCGCUCAGACAAGCAAACGGUCUGUUUUGAUUUCAGGACUCAACAUCCUUAACCUCAGUGACACUCACUGUGCUGUUGCCAUGUUGUAUCCAGGCAGAUUUCGACAUGUUCCUCUGCAAUAAUGCUUCAUUUGUUAUGACUGUUGUAUCCCGCUAUAGCAUCUCUUUUUUCAGUUGUUCUUAAAUGAAAUUCAUUAUCCAGCGUUUUCUAUCAAUGUGAAACUCUACUGCAGUUAUAAUUGUAUCCACUUGUCCAUUGAAAAAAAAAAUCCAGAUGGCCGAGAUUAUACAAUACAGAUGUUCUUAACCUUUUUGACGCUGGAGCCCAACUUUUCCACUAAGUGGUCCCCGGAGCCCACUCAAUUAGUAACACUCAAUUAGUAAUCUUACUCUUGAUUUUAAUCAUAUUCAAUAAUUAUACCUAGCAUUUUUACAGUUUAACAGCAUCCAUUGUCAAAUGAUAUUAAAUUAUGUGUAAAUCACAAUGAUUAUAAUCUAGGGGUGGGUCAGGCUAAUUACAAAAAUAAAUACUAAUCAAAUAUAGUGCCAAAAAAUUAAUAGAUACAAUCAUGCAGUGCUCAAAUAUAUAUACUGUAAAUAAAUGAUCCAUGAUAAUAUGUUUCUUAAAUAAGCUGAUAAUAAAGCUUCACCACUUUAGUCAUGAUUUAUUAAAAAAAAAACUUCUCUAUGACUUUAGCUCCAGAUGUCGUCCAUUUGUUUUUAUAUUGUCAUUACUGCCACAAGUGGCGGAAACGAUUAUUACAACUGAGUACCACUCCAGCCCAUAAGGACUACAGCUGAGAAACAGAUAUUUUGUGACAGCCCAACAAUGGGCACUGCUGUAUUUCAUUGUUGUACAUGCAUCGCCAAUCUAAUUAUGAUUUCACCCUAUCUAUUGGGAAGCAUGGAAAAAAAUCCAAAUACCGGGUGGGAUACAUAAUGGUCGUUUACAAUGCAUUUAUAUGCAGAUUUGUUUUAAGAACAUUUUCAUUGGAAAUCAUGGUGCCAGGGAUCUGGCAGAAUACAUUGUGGUCGUCUACAAUGCAUUUCUGCUUUCUUUUCAUUCAAAGACUAUUGGUUCUGAUGUCUACGUGUAGCCACUCAAAUUUGCUGUUGACUAACUUGUCUGUUGGGAAACAUGGGGGCAGGAGGGAGGAGACAUCACAAUGUCUAAUGGGAUACAUUGUGCUUGUCUCCCAUGCAUUUGCACAGUCUUUCUUUUCGUUCAAACAUGACCAGUUCUAUUUUUCACUUCCAACUACACUUGAAUUUUUAGCAACUUCUUUGAAAAGCAUGGGAAGGGGAAACAAAUACAGACCUCUGACGGGGUACAUUGUGGUCGUUUACAAUGCAUUUGUAUGUUCUUUUCUUGGAUUCAAAGCUAUAGUUCUAUUUUUCCACUUUCAGCUUCACUUUGAUUGAAAUAUCAAUGGAAUAAAAUAACGGAUUUAAUUAAAUUAAAAUUAAUGUAUAAACUUUUUUUUUUUUUGCCUUUUCCACAGUGUGUUUAUAUAUUUUUAGGUGCAUUCAAAGGCUAGCAUUUCUAUUUUUCACCUCCAAAUACAUUGGAAAGCACGAAAACAACUGCAGAUGUGCAGUUGGAUACAUCGCAGUCGUCUACAGCGGGUUCUUUGCAUUCAUGUAUUUUUCAGAGUUUGUUGGUGUUGCCCAUGGUGCACAUUGUCUUUCCUAUGUUUGUAAAUCCCCCAGAGAAGAUUCUAUUUUAAGUCCAUUUUAUUUCAGAAUGUGUGUUAAGGUUUACCAAAAGGGUCAGUACAAAUGUAUCAGUACACACUGCACUUAGUCUCACAGAUUUAUCCCCCAGAAACGAAGGUCUGUUGUCCAGUCAGCUUGUUAAUACUGUAAAAACUCUUCCUCACAAGUUAUUUUUCUAAGAAGAUUGUAGUGGGUGAAGUGACCAAAUAACUUGACCUAAAUGGACUGGACUGGCCUUCGUCUCAAAUAUCUCACCAGCCUUUCUCUCGAAUGUUGACGCCACCGCCACCGCUUUUUCUGAAGUCCAUCAGCACAAGCGCAGGUGAUGAAUCCUGACAUCUGCGAGCAUGACAAAGGUGCCAGAGAGGUCACGCAGCCUCCGUACAGCACUGUUUGUAUUACUGUACAUUUUGUGACUUUUUUUUUUUCUUUUCUCGGAAUGUUUUUGCCAGCCUGUCUGUAGCAACUGAGGGUAAAAGCACUGUAUUGUCAUUCUGCUCGGAAUAAAAAAAAUAGUGAAAACACAAUUUUCUGUA